AUGAGUGACCCGAAGGCGAAAACUGUUGUUAAUGUUAAUGAAGAUAUAUCUUUAAAGGACAAAAGCAUGAGUGACAUGGAUCUCGACAGCUUUUUGAUACCAAAAAAUGUUAUGGUUUAUGAACCGCGUCUGUGCUCCACAGUUGUUUCUGAUGCCAUUACGAACAAUACAGUUGAUGUUCGUCAAUCUGUUUUGCCGCGAAAGAUGAAGGCCCCUAAGAAAUGUAAGGCAGUUAUCAUUCAGUCACAUGAGUCUGUAAUUGCUCAUCGUACCCGUUCAAAGUUUGGAAACAAAAAAGAAGCUGUUGUUGAUAAGGUCACGGCUGCUAAAAGCGUACCUGUUUGCCGUAAACGUUCUAAUUUGAAAACGAUGCAAACAGUUUCAUUCAUUGAAUUCACGAAAGUAGCAGAAAAUCGAUUGCGUUUACCGUGUGCUGUUUCGGAUCAUUUGUGUCUUUCUGUUGACAACCUGCAUGAAGUUUCUGUAAAAAACCUUAGAUGUGAGAAAAUGGAUAAUAGGUUUAAACAUCAAUAUUCAUCUUCUUCCGAACCUUCCAUGAAUGCCGUUAUUAACGAUUAUUAUACACGUUGGUUAGCUUACGUUAUGAAAGCUCACGAGGCCAGGCAUAGAAGAAAAUUAAGAAAACAAUAUCUUGAUAAUAAGAGAUCAAGAUGUACUACACAAGUUCAUCCUUAUUUUCUCAAAGUUGCCGAGGCAAAAAGAAGGCGUAGGUUAAGAAAACUAUAUCUUGAUAGUAAGAGAUCAAAGUUUAAUCCAAAUUUUAUUCCAUCGAAAGUGGAUUCAACAUCUUCAUCAGGAACACGGAUUAAUUUAAAGAACAAAGAAAACAUAACACCUAAUUCUUCAAACAGAAGAUUGCCUACAGAUUGUUCACCAGUUAUUCCUUUAAGAAAUCGUUUAAAUACUUCCCUAAACGGCCAAACUUCCAGUAUAACACCUACUACUAUUAAGAAGAACGGAAAAGAUGUGUUACACCCUUAUACAACUCCCAAUCGUACACCGUUGUCAAAUAUAUCUAACAUACUACCAGUAACUGGUAGCAUUUGUUCAAGAAUGGUUACUUCUACAUCUGGGUCGGUUUUAACUUUGAAUGGAAAGACCAAUGUAGUAUUGCAAAAUUCUUCUAAGUUUAUUCGAAGUUCGAACACCGCAAACAAAGAAAACGUAACACCAUCUUCGUACACUGUUGCAACGUCAUCUACUUUACCACUGACAGAAUGUUAUUCUAUUACUCCGCGGAUUGUGAGUAAACGAACUCCUACAGCUAUGAAGGCGGAUUUGUCUUCUGUUAAAAGGAUGUCUUCUGGAAGGCGUAAGUUGACGCAUACACCAAUCGAAAUAGAACCCAUACGAAUGGCUGAUCUUGAUUCUGAUGAUGAAAAUGUUGUUCAACAAGAGAUAAAGACCUCCGGAAAGGCACCUCUAAAGAUUACCUUGACCAUGGCGACCAAUCUGUUUAUUGUGGGUUAUGCUAUGCAAAGUUGUGGCAAACUGAAGCUGGAAAGGGUCAUGCUUUUUCGAUCUUUAGAUUCAGAUAGCAAGUUUUUCUUAAAGAAUAUUCGACGUUACAAUUCAAUGUUUUCCUUUACUUCUAUGGGAGGAAAAGUGGAUACUAAGAUAAACAAAGGUAAUGCUCCUUUUGUUUAUAGAAUUAGCGGUCAGAAUGCGCAUAGUAUGGGUAGCCUUCUUCCUAAACCCGGUGACCAACCAAAGUUUUCUCAACUUUAUAUUUACGAUACUGAAAAUGAACUGUCCAAUAGGAAGACCUUAUUUGGGGACUCAACAACUCAGUCAUCUUCCAGAUCAAAAGAGCUUGACGAUAAAUUCAUAAAGUAUCUAACUGACAUGUUAGAUUCAAAAAAUAUGUUGGUAAAAACAUAUCGCAUGGUUAGAAACCAUCUUCAUGAGAAACCCAAUGUUUCUCUUAGGCUUCGGUUGAUUUAUCAAAGAGAUAAAGAUGGCAGGACUUACAAUUUACCUACAUCAUCCGAAAUUGCUGCUUUAAUUGUUGGCGAUGAAAAUCAAAGUGUGGAACAACGUGAUAUUAUUGUCGAAGAGCAGUCAGGAGUUCUUAAACGUAUUAGCGAGUUACAUCCUUCAUACCUUGCUUUACAAUAUCCAAUUCUUUUUCCUUAUGGUGAUGAUGGAUAUAGGAUUAACAUUCCUCAUAGAGAUUUUGGUCCGAACACAAAGAAGACACGUCCAAAUUGCACAAUGAGAGAGUUCUUUGCUUAUAGGAUGCAGGAUAGGGACAACAAAUUCUCUCUAAUCCUUAAUGCGAGGAGGUUGUAUCAGCAGUUUAUAGUCGAUGCAUACACAAUGAUUGAAAGCGAGCGGCUAAACUACAUAAGAUUUCAGCAAACCAAAUUACGAUGCGAAUCCUUUAACAGCCUAAGAAGUGUUCAACAAGGUGGCCAGACUGAUCUGUCUCAUACUGGAAAACCUGUGAUAUUACCGUCUUCGUUUACUGGUGGAGCUCGAUAUAUGAUGCAAAAUUACCUUGAUGCUAUGGCUUUAUGUAGGAAGUAUGGGUAUCCUGAUUUUUUCAUAACUAUCACCUGUAAUCCGAAAUGGCCAGAGAUGGUAAGGUUUAUUGGUGACACAUCAGUUAAGCCUGAAGACAGACCCGACAUUCUUUGUAGAUUGUUUAAGAUGAAGCUUGAUUCAUUGAUAAAAGACCUUAAGGAAAAAAAAUUUCUUGGCGAUAUUAAUGCUGUUGUUUACACCGUAGAAUUUCAAAAGCGUGGUCUGCCACAUGCUCAUCUAUGUGUUUUUAUGAAAGCUGAUCAUAAGGUUCCAACUGUUGAACAUAUUGAUCCUUUUAUCUCAGCUGAGAUUCCUGAUAAAAAUGAAGACCCUGAAUUAUAUUCUCUGGUCUGUGAUUUCAUGAUUCAUGGUCCAUGUGGACAUGCUAACUUGAAAUGUCCAUGCAUGGUAGGAAACCGUUGUUCUAAGAAUUUUCCAAAGAAGUUUUUGGAGGCUACAUCUGUUGAUUCAGAUGGAUUUCCGCUUUAUAGGCGAAGGGACGAUGGUCACACGGUUGUUAAGAAGGGUGUGACAUUGGACAACAGGAGCGUCGUUCCAUACAACAAAAGGCUUCUUAGAAGAUAUCAGGCGCACAUCAAUGUGGAGUGGUGCAAUCAGGCAGGUUCAAUUAAGUAUUUAUUUAAAUACAUUAAUAAAGGACCAGAUAGGGCCACUGUUGUUGUUAUAGAUUCAGACAGAGGGAUUGAUGAGGAGAUACCGAAAGAUGAAAUAAAAGAAUAUUACGAGGCAAGAUAUGUUUCUGCAUGUGAAGCAAGUUGGAGAAUAUUUGCAUGUGAAGUUCACUAUCGGUAUCCAUCUGUUAUGAGGUUACCAUUUCAUCUUCCAGGCCAGCAGAAUGUAGUUUUCAGUGGUGAAGAUGAUAUUGAAAAUGUGCUAAACAAACCUCAGGUAAAUUCAUCUAUUUUUUUGGAGUGGAUGAACAUGAACAAAAAACCUGAAACAACGAAACUUACGUAUGUUGAGUUUCCAUCAAAGUAUGUUUGGAAGUUAAAGGAUCGUUGCUGGCAGCCGCGAAAAAAUUAUGUUGUUGUUGGAAGACUUUAUUCAGUUUCUCCUUCCCUUGGUGAAGCUUAUUACCUUAGAAUUCUUCUAACCAAAGUCAAGGGUCCACGAUCUUUUGAAGAAAUUAGAACCUAUGAUGGUGUUGUUUAUCCUACUUUUAGGGAUGCAUGUUAUGCGCGUGGCCUAUUAGACGAUGACAACGAAUACAUUGAGUGUAUUAAAGAGGCCAGUUUUACAGGAAAUGGUCAUUAUCUUCGUUCAUUGUUCGGUACACUCCUUUUGUCUAAUACUCUAUCAAGACCAGAAAUUGUUUGGGAAAAGACGUGGGAGUUUUUGUCGGAGGACAUUUUACACAAUAUGCGGAAGGAUUCUGGGUUAAGUGGUUUUGCUGUCUGUGACGAGCGUUUAAAGAAUAUUACGUUGUCUAAAAUUCAAAACUAUCUUAUCCGUAAUGGAUCCAGCUUGCAUAGAUUCUCACCGAUGCCUGUUCCAGAUGAAGAUUCUACAUUAUAUGAGGCUAAUCGUCUAAUAAAUGAGGAGCUUUCUUGGGAUAAGGACGAAGUUAGCGCUGAAUUCAAUAAGCUUCAUAAUUCUUUAAAUGAUGACCAAAGAGCAGUGUAUAACGAGAUUAUGAGUGCUGUUGGACGUGGGAAAGGUGGUGUUUUUUUUGUGUACGGUUACGGUGGUACGGGUAAGACAUUUCUUUGGAAAACUUUAGCUGCUUCCAUAAGAUGCAAUGGGCAUAUUGUUGUUAAUGUUGCUUCAAGCGGGAUUGCAUCGCUGUUGUUGUCACGAGGUCGUACCGCCCAUUCAAGAUUUCAUAUUCCGAUUAAUCUUACUGAAGAUUCCGUUUGUCAUAUCAAACCUAAUUCUGAAAUCGCUAAUCUUAUAGACGAAGCGAAGUUGAUUCUUUGGGACGAAGCACCGAUGGUACACAAACAUGCUUUUGAAGCUCUUGAUCGUACGUUGAAAGAUGUUUUGAGUGUCUCCGAUUCACGUAAUUCUGAACUUCCCUUUGGUGGAAAGACUAUUGUUUUCGGUGGUGACUUUAGGCAAAUCUUACCGGUUGUACAAAACGGCACAAGGCAAGACAUUGUACACGCCUCUUUAUGUUCAUCUUACAUUUGGUCCACUUGCAAGGUUUUAAAAUUGACCCGUAACAUGCGUUUAUCAGUUGGAAGCAGUAGUUCAAACAUUGAUGAGAUAAACGAUUUUGCCAAAUGGCUUCUUGAAAUUGGUGAAGGCAAUAUUGGUGAUGGUAACGAUGGCGAUUCAACUAUAGAAAUACCAAAGGAUCUUUUAAUCACCGAUUCAACUGAUCCAAUUCAAAGCUUGAUUGACUUUGUGUAUCCAUCAGUUCUUAACCGUUUUAAAGAUCGUGAAUACUUUUCUGAAAGAGCCAUACUUGCUCCAAAAAAUGAGGUUGUACAUGGUAUCAAUGAUCGUUUGCUUGCAUUAUUUCCCGGUGAAGAAGUAGAGUAUCUUAGCUCAGAUACUCUAUGCCCAACUGAGGAAAUUAAUGAUCCAUUACACCAAGAUCUGUAUAAUCCUGAUGUGUUAAAUAGUUUGAUAGUUUCUGGCUUACCCAAUCAUAGAUUGGUGUUAAAGUUGGGUGUCCCAGUCAUGCUUUUGAGGAACAUUGAUCAGCAGAAUGGGUUAUGCAAUGGUACACGUCUUCAGAUCACGCGUCUUGGAAAACGUGUUAUCGAGGCUGAGAUACUAUCUGGAGGUAAUGUUGGUUCAAGAACUUACAUUCCCAGAAUUAGCAUGAUACCUUCAGACAAGAAAAUACCUUUCAAAUUUCAACGAAGGCAGUUUCCCAUAACCGUCUGUUUUGCCAUGACUAUUAACAAAAGUCAAGGGCAGUCUCUUUCCAGAGUUGGUCUGUACCUAAGAGACCCCGUUUUCUCACAUGGUCAGCUUUAUGUUGCGUUGUCGAGAGUAAAGACAAGAAAUGGCGUGAAGCUUUUAAUAUCUGACAAAGAUGGAAGUCCAACGAAUAAAACUAAAAAUGUUGUUUACAAAGAAAUAUUUGGAAAGUUAUAG